AUGAUUAAGACAUGGAAGGAGAAACUAGUAGAGAGCGAGAAUAUGUCUGGGUAUGAUAUAGAUGAUAAUGUACAGGAAUUUCCGGUAAAGAAUCCACUCGAAAUGUCAGGCUCUCAAAUUCCUGGACAGGAAAGUGAGCAGCCUGUGACUGAUAACGUAUCAGGCAAUGCUGAGGAUCAGGCUCAGAUGAGCAGAGAAGUUCACUCAGUUGCUGGGACAGGUAAAGAUUAUGCUACUGCAUCAACAGCUAAUGUUGUUCAAGUACCUGCGCCAGCAGCUGAUCUCUUGACUGUACUUAUGGCACAAUUAGAUCUAAGGGAGAAGCAACGUGAGGAAAAGAAAAGACAGGAACGCCUUGAACGCGAACGCAGGGAACAGGAGCGUGAUGCUCAGUUCCUGAAUCUUACAGUGCCUUGCAUCCUGGGACUUGAUGCGCUGCGGGAAAUGAAGGCUAGAAUUGACCUCUUCCGGGCCAACUGCACUUUGUCCUAUGGCAACCGGCAAAUUAACCUGAUACUGGUGGUGGGCGGGCAGGCGGCGGCCGUGGAGCGCUUCCCGUGGCAGGUGUCUCUGCAGCAGCGCGGCCGCCAUCACUGCGGCGGCGCCCUGGUCAGGCCACAGUGGGCGCUGACCGCGGCGCACUGCGUCGCCUCCUACUUGGGGCUCGGCCUCAGCGUGCGCGCCGGCACGUCCACCAGAGGCAGCGGCGGCGUCGUGCGCGCCGCCUCCAGUGUCCACCCCCACCCCGGCUUCUCCUGGACCUCUUUCGACUACGACGUCGGCCUCGUGAAGGUCGCGGACCCCUUUGUCUUUGGUGCAACAAUUCAGGCAGCGGGACUGCCAUUGAAGGAGCCGGCCGUGGGAUCGCUGGUGACGGUGACCGGCUGGGGCAGGCUGUCGGAGCACGGGCCGCCGGCCACCCAGCUGCAGGCGCUCACCGAGCCCGUGCUGGACCCGCGGCGCUGCGGCGAGGCGUACGCCUUCCUGGGCGGCAUCACGCAGCGCAUGCUGUGCGCCGGCUUCCCCGAGGGCGGCCGGGACGCCUGCCACGGCGACAGCGGCGGCCCGCUGGUGCAGCGCCGCCUCCUCGUCGGCAUCGUGUCCUGGGGCCUCGGCUGCGCGCGGCCCGGCCUGCCGGGCGUCUUCUCCAACGUCGCCGCCCUGCGGCCCUGGAUCACUGAGCACAUAGGCCCCGCUUGA